GUUUUGUGAUUCACACGUGUUUACAUUUCAGUUUCACAGAUGUCAGAUGUCAUAAUUUUAAUUAGGAAAAAAAAAACGUUAAACAAGAAUGAAUUUUAACUUACUAAGAAAUAAUUUUCUCGCAGGCUCACAAUGGUUACAAAAUACCGUAAGAUAUGCAAGUAAAAAGACAGGAGGUAGUACGCAAAAUACAAGUACAAAAGUGAGGCCUAAACACAGAGGCUGGAAGGUCCAAGACGGAUGGUGGGUGCCAUCUGGAACUAUUUUGGUUUUACAAAGAACACUCAGGUUCCAUCCUGGUCUCAAUGCUGGCUUAGGAAAGAAUGGCACAAUCUUCGCCAUAACCUCAGGUCGAGUCAGGAUAACAUGCGAGAAGGCCGACUUGAACUGGGAUCACUCUUGGGUGCAAAGGUGCCACGGCCACAGGAAAGGUGUUGACUUUUACAAAAAGUAUUUCAACGUUAUACCAGACCCGCAACAUCAAAACUUCAAACUUAUAGAUCAGAUUUGAAACUAGAUGUUAAAAGUGUAGAUACGAUUUUUAGUUUGUUAUGAAACCACAUUAAUAUAUUAUUAUGAUUUUUAUUUGUUG